UACAUGAUAGCAUUCAUGUUUAACAUGCAAGACAGGACUGCAAGCAAUGUGGAGAAAUCACCGGCUCCGAUUCUAUUAUCCGAAACUUCUUUUCUCCUCAACCACCGCGUCCGGCGGUGGCGCCACCUCUAUGCCGGACUCCGAGAUCCCGGUCCUCUACUCCUUCCUCCAACCCUCCAUCUUCGCCCUCCGCAAAAACCCUAAGCCAUCUCCCCCCUCACAACCUACUCCCCGCAGAACCCUAAUGCAGGUCGAUGCCUCGUCUCUCGAAUCCGCUCUUGAAUCCUCCCUUCUCUCCAAUGACACUGAGGAGGCAUGGCGGUCCUUCAAAACCCUAACAUCUUUAUCACGUUUCCCCUCCCCAGUUCUCUCUGCUUCCCUCAUCUCCCACCUUUCCGCUCUGAACAAUCGCCUCAGCCUCAAGCGCGCCUUCGCUACUUCCAUCCUUCUGUUAGAAAAGAACCCCGAAUCUCUAUCCUUCGAAUCCCUCGAGAUUCUCUUUUCCUCUCUCGACGCCGCCGAUGCUUCUGCCCCGGCUCUCUCUUUGGUCAAAUCUUUGCUCAAAAACCGAUUUUUCGCUCCAUUUUCCAUUUGGGGUCGUCGCCUGCUUCGUCUUACGAGGAAGAAUGGUGGGUUUGAGGCGUUUUUGAACGUUUUUGAGGAUAGUUGCAGGGUUGCUCUUGUGGAAAGGAUUGACUUUAUGAAACCUGAUUUAGUUUCUUGCAAUUUGGUACUGGAUGGGUGUUGCAGAGAGUUGAGUUGCGUUGCUUCAGCUGAGAGGGUUUUACAGACGAUGUCUGCUAUAGGUUUGGCUCCUGAUUCUGAGAGUUUUGGUUCUCUUGCCUUUCUGUAUGCUUCAAAAGGCCUUGAUGGAAGGAUCCACGAGCUCGAGAAGUUGAUGGAUGCAUUGGGGCUUGAUGACAGGAUGGAAAUCUUUAGAAAUCUAAUCAGCGGGAAUGUGAAAUUUGGAAACUUGAAGUUAGUCUCUUCAGUUAUUUUGAGUGUCCUGAAGGAAACGAAAUGUAAAGAUCUCACCUUUAUUGGAGACUCUACCUUUGCUGAGCUGACAAAGGAGUUUCUUAACAAUGGUGGGAUUAAGGAGCUUGCUUCUCUGAUCAUUCAAACACAGGAAUUAGAAUCAUUAAAAGACUCCCCUGUGGAGGCAGAAAACUCUGCUGGAUUCGGGAUCAUCAAUGCCUGCAUUAGCCUAGGAUUCUUAGAGAAGGCACACAGUAUUGUGGAUGAGAUGAAUUCUCAGGGAGCUGUUGUAGGGCUUGGAGUCUACUCCUCCAUGCUGAAAGCUUACUGUAAACUUCAAAGAACAGCAGAAGCAGCUCAGCUUGUUACUGAAAUAAGCUCCUCUGGGCUUCAGCUUGACUCUGCCAGCUAUGAUUCAUUAAUAGAUGCUUCAAUGUCUGUUCAAGAUUUCCAAUCUGCAUUUUCUCUCUUCAGGGACAUGAGGGAGGCCAGGCUGCCUGAACUUAAAACAAGCUACAUCACCAUUAUGACCGGAUUGAUGGAGAACAACAGGCCUGAGCUCAUGGCUUCCUUCUUAGACUCUGUAGUUAAUGACCCAAGAGUAGAAAUUGCCACUCAUGACUGGAACUCCAUCAUCCAUGUCUUCUGUAAGGUUGGGAGAUUAGAAGAUGCUCGAAGGACUUAUAGGAGGAUGCUGUUUCUGAGGUUUGAGCCUAACUUCCAGACUUAUCUAUCCCUCAUUAAUGGCUACGUCUCCUCUGAUAAAUACUUCAGUGUUUUAUUACUUUGGACUGAGGUGAGGAGGAAAGGGAUCAGUUUUGAUCAUGAUUUGGUGGAUGCGUUCUUAUAUGCUUUGGUUAAAGGAGGGUUUUUUGAUGCGGCAAUGCAGGUGAUCGAGAAGGCGCAGGAACUGAAGAUAUUUAUUGAUAAGUGGAGGCACAAGCAGGCUUUCAUGGAGACUCAUAAGAAGCUGAAGGUGCAAAAGCUGAGGAAGAGGAAUUUUAGAAAAAUGGAAGCUUUGAUUGCCUUCAAAAACUGGGCUGGUCUCAAUGCAUGAAUCGAUGGAUGUCUGAUCUUGAUUCAUGGAUAAUUAGUUUAUUGAAGAAGGAAAUACUGGGUCAAAGAUUCUGCCUUUUUGAGCCCAAUUUGAUGUGAGAUUAGGGCUUUGAGUCUUCUUUGAUCAUGUAUUUUAGCAGAAACUUCUGGUGAGCUUCAUAUGUUCAUCACUGAAAAAUGGAUGCAGAAAUAGGCAAAUUAGGUGCAAACUUCAGCUGUAGAUCCUCCCACACCUGCUAAUAAUAGUGAAGUAUUUGGCUAUCCGCUUCUUUCUGUGCAUAUAUUAAAGAGAAAAAGAG